AUGGCUGACCAUUCCCCAUCGCAUAAAUCCAAUGGGAAAAGCCAUCACGACGAGGAAGAAGUCGAGAAAAAGGAGGAGCAUCGCCCGAAACGAUCCAGAAAAGCGGAUGAUGGUGGAAAAAUCAAUUUUAAAGCUUAUUUUGAAGUUUAUUAUUUCAGAAGACGGCACUUUGAGCAAAAAAUCGCGUCGCGAUAGUGAAGACCAUGAGAAGAAGGAACGCAGUUCUAGUUCGUUUUUUUAUUUGGGAUUUUUAUGACAAAUUUUCAGGAGAUGACCGGAAAUCUGACCGGGAUCGUGAAAAAGAGAAGGAAAAAGAUCGAGAAAGGGAAAAAGAUAGAAGUUCCCGGAAAGAUAAGGAUAAAGACAGGAGGAGGAGUUCGAGGUUUGUUUUUUCGAAAAAAAAAUGGUUGAAAUUUUUUUGGUAUAGAGAUUUUGUAGUUAAAAGCCACCUGAAUAAAAAAAUAUUUUCCGAUGAUUUUAAUCCUUGAAACAAUCUCCAAUACCGUUUAUUUUAUACGUUUUUCAGUUUAACAUAAUUUUAACGUUUUUUUCGAAACUUUGAAAUAGGUUUUUUUCUGGGUGUUUUUAUAGUAGUUUUGUAAAAAACGAGAUGUUCCAAAGUUUUUUUUUUCUUUUUUCAAAGGUUUUUUGAAGACUGGACCUUGUUUUAUGGUUUUGAAUUGAUUUUUCAGAUUUUUUAGAAGUUUAUAAGUUUUUCUUGAUACCUUUUUCAUGGAAAAUUCUUUCAAAAUGCAAUUUUUCAAGUUAAAAUCUUAUUUUUUCUUCAAUAUCUUGAGCUUUCGGUCAAUUAUUAUUUUUUUUAUUUUCCUAGAUUUUUUUCUCAAGUUUUUAGGUAUUCUUUCAUACCUUUUUCAUUGUUUUCUUUUGAAAAUUUGCUCGAAAUACGGAUUUUUUUCGGUUUUUAAUUUUUCUUACCUGUUACCUUACUAAUUAACGCUCUAUUUUCAUAUUUCGAUCAUUUUUUUAUCAUUUUAAGAUCUCCAAAACGUCGCGGCGACGAUAAAGAUAAAAGAUCACAAGAAGGAGAAAAAGCAGCCGAAGUGAUAGAGAUAAGGUUUGAUUUUUUUUCUAAAAAAAUAAAUAUCCAUAAAAAAAUUCAUUUAGGACAAGGAAAAAAAUCGUCGUCAAAGCACUCGGAAUCGAAAAAAAGUGAAGGAGGAGGAAAAAUGGGAAUGAAAUCGAGGAGGGCGAGGUGCGUUUUGUUGCAAAUUUGAACAGAAAUUCAACUUUUUUUGCUUGAGAAAUUGGUUUUUUUGUCACGAAUUUCAAAAAGACGUUGAGAUUUUUUUCGCUUACAAAUUUAUUUUUUUGGCCCAAUUUUCAACAAAAAAAUCUAAUUUUUUUGGUUGAAAAAAAUCAGUUUUUUUCAUGCAGAUUUGGAGAAAAAUUUCACAUUUUUUUGUUGAAAAAAAUUAUUUUUUUGCAUUGCAAAAUUGCACAGAAAUCGAUUAUUUUUUUGCUCCAAAAUCAUUAUUUUGACACGAAAAUUGAACUUUUUUUCCGCUGUAAAUUUCAUUUUUUUAGUCGCAAAUUUGGACAGAAAUGAAUAUUUUCCGUUAAAAAAAUCCAUUUUUUUAAGGUCCGAGAGCCGCCAAAGCCGUUGACGGCCAGGGAACUGGAAAGGAAACGACUCAUUGAAGAAGAAUUGAUGGUAAAAAAAUUUUUGUUCAGGUGUAAAGGUAUUUUUACAAUUUUCUGAUGAUUUGGAAAGUUUUUAGGCCUUUUUUCACGAAAAUAUGCUCAUUUUCGAAGUUUUUAAAGUUUUUGCAGCGAUUUUCAAUCCGAAAAAGUGUUUUAGUCGACGAAAAAAGGGUAAUUUGCCAAAUUUCAGAGUAUAUUUCCAACAAAAAUCGCAAUUUAGCUUUUUAUUUUACAUUCAUUUUUUUCGAUAUUUUGAAUUUUUUUUCCAACGAAUUUUAGUCCGAAAAAAAUGCUGUAAGAAUGAAUAAAUUUGUUCUCAAAAGGUUAUUCCAGAGAAUUUGCCAAAUUUUUAGAGUAAUUUUUCUUUCAAAAAUUACAAUAAACCAUCAUUUUUUUCAUGAAAUUUUUCGAAUUUCUGAACUUUUUUUCCAACGAUUUUCAGUCUGGAAAGUGCUUAGAAAAAUAAAUAAAUUUGUUUUCAACCGGUUUUUUUAAAAAGAAGAAUUACCAUUUUUUUAGGAUCAUUUUCCCACAAAAAUUUCAAUUUAGCCCUCAUUUUUUUCAUGAGUUUUUUUGAAUUUUCGAAUAUUUUGCAACGAAUUUCAGCCCGGAAAGCCCUUUUGAAGUUAAAAAAAGUUUGAAAACUGAAAAAAAUUCAAAAUGUCGUUUGUUUUACAUGGAUCUAUCAAUUUUUUUCUCGAUUUUUCCAACAAUUUAACAGUCCGGAAAACGCUUUGAAAACAAAAAAAAGCCGCUGUAAAGGUUUUCCAAAGAAUUUGCCAAUUUUUAGAGUCAUUUUCUUUCAAAAUAGCAGUUUAGCCUUUGUUUUACAUGGAUCUAUCAAUUUUUCUCGAUUUCCCAAUGAAAUUCAGUCCGGAAAGUACCCGGAAGACGACGACGAGCCGGUCUGGUCGAUGCGAAAAGCUCAGGAAGAAAAAGCCAGCCGCAGUUGUCCCUACUUGGACACUAUCGAUCGGUUUCCAAUCAAUCAAUAAUCGAUUUAUUGAUUUUUUCUUUUUCAAGAUCCGUUUUGGACUUUGAUUUCGAAAAAUUGUGCUCCGUUUCAUUGUCGCACUUGAACGUCUACGCUUGUAUGGUCUGCGGGAAAUAUUUCCAGGUUCGUAGAUCACUUUUCGGUUUCAGAUUUGCUCCGAAACCAGCGAAAUUAACUUAGAAAAACUUCUAGGGGCCACUUUAGGGUUCUGACGUUUUAGUGGCCACUAUAGUAGUCGGAUAAGUGGCCACUUGAGUGGCUGAAUAUUAGUGACCUCUUUAGAAGCCUAAGUGAUACUACUAGACUAUCAAAACUGCUAUAGUGGCCACUAAGGCCCCAAAUAGUUUAGUGGCCACUUUAGGGUCCUCUCCAAGUAGCCAUUUAAGUGACCCUUAUAGUGUUUUUUUCCGAAUCGUCCUGUUUUUUUGGUUAAAAAUUUUUCCUAAAAAGUUUUUCAUUAUUUCUGUUGAUUUUUUUCAGCAAUUUAAUGAUAUUUAAGUUGCGAAAUAUAUUUUUUUCAAGUCGAAAAAUUUAUAAAAAAACGUUCUUCUUUUUAUCAUUUUUUUCAAAGAAAAAAACUGUUAAAUUUAGUGAAUAUUUCAGGGAAAUUUUUCAACUGCGAAGAGAUUUUUUUGGCAGUUUAAUUGAAUUUUAAGGUUCAUUUUCAGGGACGAAAAAAAUAUUUUUUUAUUUUUCAAGCAGCAUUUUCUCAAUUUUUUUGAACGAGAAACAGUAUUUUUCCCUUAUUUUUUUUUUCAAUAUUAAGCAUUUUUCAAUUUUUUUCAAUUUAGAAAUUGAUCUAGUAGUCGUAAUUUUUUUGAUUAGAAAUAGUUUUUUUCGUUUUUUUCCUUCCAAAAAAAUUUUUUUGAAUGAAUUUUUAAGUGCUGGAAGAUUUUUUUGAGAUCAUUAAGACUAUCAAAAAACGGAUUUUAGCAGUUAUUUUAAUUUAUUUUUGAAUUUUUAGGGCCGUGGAACCAACACCCAUGCGUAUACGCAUGCACUGGACACGGAUCAUCGUGUUUUUCUUGAACUUGUCCACUUUGAAAUUCUACUGCUUGCCUGACAAUUAUGAAAUCAGUGACCCGUCCUUGGAGGAUAUCAAGGUAAAAAAAGUGAAAAAAAUUUUCACUUAAUAAAAAAACUUGUGAGAGAAGUCGUCUUUCCACAUGAAAAAAAGGGUUCAAAUUGUCGAAAAAUCAUUUUUUUAAAUGAAAUAAUUAUCGAAAAAAAGGUUUAAAAAAAUAAAAUAAAGUAAUUUUUUUCACUUGAAAAAAAUUCAGGAAAAAAAGCGAGUUUUUUUCACCUUGAAAAUGGAUUAUUUUUUUGUCAGUUUAUCUAGAAUUUAUGUUCAAAUUUGAAGUAGAUAUCAAGGAUUUUGCGGAUUUUUAUUUUUUCGAGGCAAAAAGAGGUCAUUUUGCCUAAAAUACGGGUUUCUUGAAGUUAAUGAAUUUACGUUAUAUGUUGGGAAAUUUUUCUAAAAAAAAUUGGGAUCUUGGAGAUUUUUGAAAUUAAAUAUUUGCAUGAUAACUAUGAGAUCAGUGACCCGUCCUUGAAGGUAAAAAAAUGGAUUUUUUUACUUUAAAAAAAUGAUAAAUUUUUUUGCUUUCUGAAGUUAUCUGAAGAGUAUGAGUACAGGGAUUUUUUUGAAAAAAAUGAUUAUAAUUUUUUUAGAAAAAAACAAAUUUCCUCAAAAAGAUAUGAAUUUUCGUUGAUUUUUGUAAAAAUUGUCUGGAAAGGUAGGUGUAGCGAUUUUGACUUUUGUCCAUUUAAAUGAAAAAUUUGGGAGAGUGAAAAUAUCAAUUUUUAUUCGUUAUAUUCCAAUUUCGAGAUAAAAAAAUAAGGCCGUUUUAUUGAAUUUUUUGAGAAAUAUUUUGCGAAUUUUUCGUUUUUUACAUUGAAAAAUAGGAUUUUCAUAGUUUAUCCGCAGAAAAAUGCGUAUUUUCGGAGUUUUUCUGAUCAAAUUUUACACUUUCAGAUUGAAAUCUAAUUAAAAAAAUGGAAAGGUGUAGUUUCUUUUGUCACGUUUUUUUGUACUAACUCAUCCUAAAAAAAGUUGAAAAAAAUAGUCAUUUUUUUAUGAGGAAAUGGUUGGCUAGAAAAAAACAAAAAAAGGAAUUUUUCUAGCUUUUUUUCGAUUGGAAACGAUUUUUUUGAUUCAAUUUCAAUUAAAAAUGAAUAGAAAUAUUUAACUUUUGGAUUUUUUUUGCUUAAAAAAAUUCAUAAACUAUUCGAUUUCCUCAGCUUUUGACUGAAAUAUGCCAUAAAAGGACCCCCGAAUUUUUUGAAACAGUAAACUAUUCUAAAUUCCUUGCAGUACGUCCUGAAGCCGACGUACACGAAGGCGUUGAUCGGAACGUUGGAUAAGCAGACGAGAAUGGCUCGAGCCUACGAUGACGUCACGUAUUUCCCCGGCGUCGUCGGCCUGAACAACAUCAAGGCCAACGACUACUCCAACGUCGUUCUUCAUGUCCGUGAUUGUUUCAGGGGGGCUUUCAAAAGCGUCAUUUCAUGGCAAAAAAUUCGGAUUCCUUUGAAAAUUCCAACCAGUUUCGGUGUUUUAAAGGUGUUUAAACUACUUAGGAACGCCAGAGUGGUCACUAGAGGGGCUGGGAGAGAAAUAGACCCUCCAGGGGGCGGAAUAGUGGUCCCUAGAGGGGUAGAGAUCAGGUGGUCUCUUUAGGGAUUUAGGAAUUGACCCAAGAGUCUCUAGAGCUUGAGUGGUCCCUAUAGGGGUAUUUUCCUAGGGGCCGAAAUAGUGGUCCCUGUAGGGAUGAAGAUUAAGUGGUCCCUUUAGGAAUUUAGAUUCUGACCCAAGAGUCUCUAGAGCUUGAGUCGUCCCUACAGGGGUCUUUUAAUUUGCGUGCCCCCACCUGGAGUGGCCACUUUUGAAAGCUUAAAUGCCCCCUAAAGAGGUAAGAGAGGGCUAUGGAGGUUCUGGAGAACCUUGAGCACUUGAAGCUUAAGUGGUUCCUAUAGGGUUCUUCGAUUUCACGGGUUCUGAUUUGAAAGCCAAAAGACGUUUAGAGAACACCAAUAUGCUCCCCUAGAGUGACCACUUCCGCGUCUCCUAUAGGGGGAAGAGAAUGGGCGUCUUGAUCAUUUUAGAGAAAUUUUGGAUGAAAAAAACACACAUUGAGACAGCAGAGCGUUCACUAAAGAGAUUAGGAGAAAAAGGCCACUUUAGGGAACAAAAUAGGGGUCACUAGAGGGCUAUGGCGGUUCUGGAAAUUCUUUAGCACUUGAAGCUUAAGUGGUCCCUAUAGGGUUUUUGAUUUCCUUGGUUCCCUGGUUUUGAAAGCUUUAAAGACGUAUAAGGAGCACUAGCAUGCUCCCCUAGAGUGGCCACUUUUCCGUAUUUUAAUGCCCCUAGAGGGGAGGUAAGGGUUUUCAGCAAAAAACAGCUUUGGAGUGUCGGAGUAGUCACUAGAGGGGUUAGGGGAAAGUAAAGACCCUCUAGGGGGCGAAAUAAUGGUCCCUAGAGUAGUAGAGAAUAGUUGGUACCUGACUUAAAAGGCUUAAGUGGCCCCUAUGGGGGUUUUUAAUUCUUUGGUUCUGUUUUGAAAGCUAGACAGACGUAUAAGGAUCAGUUGCAUGCACCCUAGAGUGGCCACUUUUGCAAGUUUUAAUGCCCCUAUAGGGGGAGUAAAGAUUUUCAGGAAAAUUUUGAGCCUAGGAACGACAGAGUGGUCACUAGAGGGGUUAGCGAAAAGGAAAAACCCGUCAAGGGGCGAAUUAGUGGUCCCUAGAGUGGUAAAGAUUAGUUGGUCUCUGUAGGGGUUUAAGAGGAGACCCGCAAGCUCCUAUAGCCUCAUUGACCCCUAUAGGGUUCACUAGCAUGCUGCACUAGAGUGAAAAUUUUUAAAAAGCUUCAGUGCCCCUAUAGAAGGUAGUAAAGGGACCCCUUAAGAGGCCUCUAGCGAAGAGCCCUCCAGACGAACAUUUUUAUCACUUUUUCCUUAAUUUCGAUGUCAUUUUUAGGCUCUUUCCCACGUCGGACCUCUUCGUGACUAUUUCCUACGAGAAGAAAAUUACGCGAAUAUUCGAAGACCCCCCGGCGACAAGUUGACCCUUCUGCCCAUGAGAUUUGGUGAAGUUAUCAGGUUUUUCAGGCCAUUUAGGGAGAUUACUUUGACGUUUUUCCAGAAAAUUGUGGAACCCGAGGGCUUUCCGUACACACGUCUCGCCACACGAAAUGCUCCAGGCCGUCGUCGUCUGCUCCAACAAAAAGUUCCAGUUCAUCAAACAGAGUCGGUUUUUGGGUAUUCAGGAACUCUAGAGGGCUCCCUAAAGGAGCGAUCUUCGAGACUCUUAAAGGUCCCCUCUAGGGGCCACUUUUGCGAUCUGCACUUCUGAUAGCAAGGAAAAAAUUGGAAAAGUUAUUUUCAAAGAAAACCUCCCAUAUAAAAAGGCUUUUUUUAGAGGUGGUCUUAGUGGCCACUUAAGUGUCCUUUCCAAGUCCUGGAGGUACCUCUAAACUAGUCAGUUUCCCACAGUAUCUUGCAAAAAAUACCGUAUACUAACUUUCGCUUCAAGACCUUUGUUCUCGCGGUCUUGUAGAACACAAAAAUCUGUGAUUACUGUAGCUUUUUUUCUUCUUGAUUUUUGUGUGCGGAAAACGCCACAAUUUUUGAAGCGAUGAUGCUCCUUUAAUAGCGCGGAUGAUCCUUUAAUAGCGCUAUUAAAGGACCAUGGUCACAUGCGCGAUAAAAUCUCGACACGAAUGAUACUGUGGUGAAAUUAGCGCGAAAAAUUGAAUGAAAGAGUAACGUUUUUCCCAGAUUUUUUUAAAAAAACCUCCCAUAUAAAAAAAGGCUUUUUUUAGAGGUGGUCUUAGUGGCCACUUAAGUGUCCUUUCCAAGUCCUGGAGGUACCUCUAAACUAGUCAGUUUCCCACAGUAUCUGGCAAGAAAUACCGUAUACCAAAAUUUGCUUCAAGACCUUUGUUCUUGCGGUCUUGUAGAACAGAAAAACCUGUGAUUACUGUAGCUUUUUUUUUCUUCUGUGCUUGAUUUUUGCGUGCGGAAAACGCCACAAUUUUUGAAGCGAUGAUGCUCCUUUAAUAGCGCGGAUGAUCCUUUAAUAGCGCUAUUAAAGGACCACGGUCACAUGCGCGAUAAAAUAUCGACACGAAUGAUACUGUGGUGAAAUUAGCGCGAAAAUUGAAUGUGAAAAUAUCGUUUUCUCAAAUCCGUAAAAUCUUGGAAAAUCGAUUUUUUUUUUAGAAUUUCUUUCAUUUUCAUACAGGAGGUUUUUGAUAGAGAGCAAGGACUUUAUGAACUCAAUUUUACACAUUUUCCAUCGCAAACUUUCAAUUUUAAAUCGUUUUUACGCUUUUCUGAUUGAUAUACUCGAAUUCUUCACUUGAUUCUAAAAGAAAAGAUCCUCUUGAGUUUGCCUUAUAAUUUUUUUCCCAGGCGACGCCGCUGACUACCUGACGUUCCUGUUGAACACCCUCCACACGGCGUUGAACGGAAACCAAAAAACCAAUUCCUCGAUCGUUUACAAGUUGAUUUGUACCCCAAUUCCCUUGUAUUUUGUGAAUUUUGAGGACGUUCCGCGGCAAAAUGCGACAAUAUUCGAGGAAAGUCGUCCCGGCAGAAGAUACCGAGGAGGAGAAGGUCCGGAAACUCCAAAUGCCCGAAUAUCAAGGUGAAUAAUCGAUUUUUAGGGGAUUUUUGAGGUUUUAAAAUUUUCAAAUGGUGAAAAAAGGUAUAAAUUUGAAUAAAUCACAGUUUUUCUCAAAAGUUCGAGAAAAUUCGGAGUGGUCCCUCUAGGGGCUGUAGGACCCUUAACACGCUGUCUCCGUUAUUCUCAAAAACAACGGGUACAAUAAAAAAAAUAUUUUUUGAUUUCGACAAAACUUCAUCCAGUGUGAUAACCCAUCAUCAGAAAUGCGGACCCAACUUUUUGAGCCAUUUCCUUUUACUGUAGCCGGGUUACGGUAGGCAGGUGGGCACCUGCGUAUCUCAGUAUUUAUGAGUUUUUUUAUUAGGCAAGUGAUAUAUCAAUCGAUAGGUAAUUCAAUUUUUAGGAACUUUUACAGUACAUACCAUCAUGGGUUACGGUGGGAAAAAUUUUUGAGUUACGGUACUUUUUGUGUCUGCCGAGUCAGUUUUUUUCGACCACCAUGAGCUUGAGCCAGGAGAUCCAUUCUUCCUAACUUCUCAAAAAGAUACCUUAUGAGAAGCUGUACAAGCUGUUACUAGUUUGAAAAAAUCCUAGGUGGACCAUCAUUUCGAAAAAUCGCCUCGAAGGCGCGCAAUCGUGGUCUUGCGGCGGCCAAGUGGGUGAAGUCCAUGAUGCCUGACGGCUCAUUCUUCAGAGAUCCAUUCCAAUCUUUGUUUUCAUUUCACUAAUAGACAUCUAUUAUUGAUUUUUAUUUCAAUUUGAGAUGUUUUCGGGUUGACCAUCAUCUCGAAAUUUCAUUUUGAACCCAAAUUUGGCCUAAAAUGGCCGACUCGGCCUUUUUCACGGGAUCCCUGACCCCGUAUGUGACCGUUCUCAACUUUUUUUCUUUUUUUAAACAUGAACAAUAGUGUCUGAACAACAGUUUUAUAACAAUCGGAACCCCUUUUUGAGAGGACCAUCAUCUCGAAAUAUCGAUUUUGAACUCAAAUAUCGGCUUAGUUUCCCCAUUUGAAGUUUUUUUAUCAUUUACAUCGAAAUCUAUUCUGCCAAUUUAUUUUCAAAACAGCUAAUCAAAAAAAUGAGAAAUGUGAAAUACCAAGAAAUUUUUUUUCAUAAAAAGAAAAAAACUCGUCUUUCUGACUACCGGUGAGGUUGAAACUUCACUUUCAAGGUGAUUUUUUUAUAAAUGUUUUUUUAUUAUAACCUAAAUAGUAGUUCUAAAUCUUCAAAAUUUUUUUCAUACCUAAAAAAACAAGACAUUCGUCUUGUGACUAUUUUUAGUGAACCAAUAAUUUCAUUGAAAAGAAAUAAACCAAAAAUAUUUCGAUUUUCAAGCCAAAAUUUUCAGUUUAAAAAGUCGGGUAUUUCGAGGUAUGGUCAUUUCUCGAAUAUGGUCCAUGUUAUAAAACUUUUUAUGUUUCAGUUCACUCUUGUUCAUGUUUCUCAAAAAAAGUUAAAAAGGGCCAAGAUCUGUAUUGAGGGAACCAAUGAUCUCAUUGAAAAGGGUAAAACCAAAAAGUUUUCAAGCCAAAUUCAGGUUAAAAUCGAUAUUUCGAGAUGAUGGUCCUCUCAAAGAUGGUUUCCGAUUGUUAUAAAACUGUUGUUCAGACACUCUUGUUCAUGUUUAAGAAAGGAAAAAAAGUUGAGAACGGUCACAUACGGGGUCAGGGAUCCCGUGAAAAAGGCCGAGUCGGCCAUUUUAGGCCAAAUUUGGGUUCAAAAUGAAAUUUCGAGAUGAUGGUCAACCCGAAAACAUCUCAAAUUGAAAUAAAAAUCAAUAAUAGAUGUCUAUUAGUGAAAUGAAAACAAAGAUUGGAAUGGAUCUCUGAAGAAUGAGCCGUCAGGCAUCAUGGACUUCACCCACUUGGCCGCCGCAAGACCACGAUUGCGCGCCUUCGAGGCGAUUUUUCGAAAUGAUGGUCCACCUAGGAUUUUUUCAAACUAGUAACAGCUUGUACAGCUUCUCAUAAGGUAUCUUUUGAGAAGUUAGGAAGAAUGGAUCUCCUGGCUCAAGCUCAUGGUGGUCGAAAAAAACUGACUCGGCAGACACAAAAAAAGUACCGUAACUCAAAAAUUUUUCCCACCGUAACCCAUGAUGGUAUGUACUGUAAAAGUUCCUAAAAUUGAAUUACCUAUCGAUUGAUAUAUCACUUGCCUAAUAAAAACUCAUAAAUACUGAGAUACGCAGGUGCCCACCUGCCUACCGUAACCCGGCUACAGUAAAAGGAAAUGGCUCAAAAAGUUGGGUCCGCAUUUCUGAUGAUGGGUUAUCACACUGGAUGAAGUUUUGUCGAAAUCAAAAAAUAUUUUUUUUAUUGUACCCGUUGCUUUUAGAAAUUUUUGAGAAUAACGGAGACAGCGUGUUAAGGCGUCCAAAUAACGAGCCCCGAAAUUUUCUCUUAGUGGUCCCUAUAGGGUCUCAAAAAAGCAAAAAAAAAUUUUUUUUUUGUAUAAGGACCACUGAAGCUUCAGGACCGCUGAGAAAGCGCUCUAGGGACCACUACAAUUUUUGACCUCUCUAGGGUCCUUAAAAUUGCCCCCUAUAGUGGUCUCUAGAGCAGAAUUCUAUGAGGACCCCUUGGAACGUUCAAAAUUAAGAUUUUGGGAACGUUUGAACAGCUAGGAACUUCAGAGUAGUCCCUAGAGGGGCUCUUGGAGUGGCCCCUUAAGUGGCGACGAUCCCAUUUUCAUAGAGGCACUAUAGCCUUUUUUGAAAAAAAAAAUCGAUUCAGUAGUUUUUGAAGACAUUUUCGAAAGAAAGCUUCCUUUUCCCAGUUUUUUUGCGACUUUUUUUGAGUUUUUUAUUAUUUUCAAUCUGUAUGAUGUUACUAUUUAUUUUUCCGAGCUUCCAAAUUACGGAAUUCACCAUUUUUCCCUUCAGAAACCGUCACUGAAUCGCCAUUUUUGUUCCUGACCCUCGAUUUGCCGCCACCGCCGUUGUAUCGGUAAGAAAAAAGCUCAAAAAUCAAUAAAAUCGAUAUUUUUCCAGUGAUGUCCAAAUGCAGAACAUCAUCCCGCAGGUGCCGCUGCACGUGUUGUUGGAAAAGUUCAACGGACAGGUCGAAAAGGUGGGUCUCGCAGCGAAUUUGGGGAGAGGAGAGGAGGUUACGGUAGUGGAAAAAUAUUGGAAAAAUAAGUGAUUUUUUAGCGAGUUUUUUUCAUAAUUUUUCGUUGUUUUUUUGAAUAUUUUUUUACAUGAUUUUCAUUAAAAAAAUAAGAAAGUUUGUUUUUUGAGCAAUUUGGGUUUUUGAAGCGAAUUUGAAAGAAUUAAGAGAGGGUACGGUAGUAGCAAAAAACAUAUUUUCCAGAAAAUUCUCUAUUUUUUUCAAUGAACUUUUUCUUUUUUUCCAAUUCUUAUCAUUUUUUUCUUGAUCUCGACUUUUUUUAGAAAUUGAAAACAUUUUACGCACAAAUUUCAUGGAAAAAUUAAAAAAAGUUUGCCAUUUUUUUAAAGAAGCCAAAAAAAUGUUGAAAUUAUAAGUUUCGACGGGCCUCGAAGCGAAUUUGGAGGGAUGAGAGGAGAUUACGGUAGUCGCAAAAAAAUAUUUUUUUUAUUUUUUUGGAAAAACUCAUGAUUUUUUUAAUAGAGUUCCAGUCUUUAUUUCCAAAUUUUUUUCCAAUUUUCGUUGUUUUUUUGGAGAGCUUUUUAUACGAUUUUUUUAUUUUUUUAGUCACUGAAUCUAAAAAAAAAUUGAAGUUAUAAGUUUUGAUGGGUCUCGAAGCGAAUUUGUGAGGGUAAAGAGAGGUUACGGUAGCACCUAAAAAAAUAUUUUUUUGAAAAAUUCGUGAUUUUUUUCAGCAAAUUUUUUUGUCUUUAUUUUCAGAUUUUCUUGAAUUUUUUUCGUUGUUUUUUUGAGUUUUUUUCAAUAGGAAUUGAAGUGUUUUUUUACAUGGAUUUUAUGAAAAAAAUAGAAAAAAACUAGAGGUUUUGCCGUUUCCUUCAAAAAAAAAAUCCAGGUUUUUGACCUUCAAAGCUGAUUUUUUUAUCAGUAGAAUUCAAUUUUCCUCGUUUUUCAGGAGUACAAAACGUACAAGGACAACAUCAUGAAGCGUUUCGAGCUGUUGAAAUUGCCCGAUUUCCUCAUCAUCACCUACAAACGGUUCCAAAAGAACCAGUGGUUCGUUGAGAAGAACCCGACCAUCGUCAAUUUCCCGAUCAUGUUUGUUUUUUGCCUUUUUCGUCAGAAAAUUAUGAAAAAUUUGAAGAAGAACGAUGUUUUCAGCGCUUUUUCGUAUGGAAAAAUGAACAAAAAAUAUCGAAUUUGGAGAAAAAUGAGCUUUUUUGUUAAAAUCUCACAGAAAAUGCGUCCCAAUGCCAAAAAACGAUUAUUGGCGAUUUCGAAGCAAAUGCGCUCUAUUGAUAAAAAGUGUUAGUUUUCAAAAAAAAAUUUUAUUUAGUGGUUUUUUCGCUGUACAAUAGCGGUCUUUUUUUACACAUUUUUUCGUCGAUUUCUCGUCUGCGAGAGAGUGAGGGGAUAGAGGAGAGAUUAGAGAAAAGUGCAAAAAAUAAUUAUUGGCGAAUUCUAAGCAAAUGCGCUUUAUUGAUAAAAAGUGACAGUUUUCGAAAAAAUCUAUUUUUUAUUUUGUGGUUGUAUCGCUGUACAGUCUUUCUCUUUUUUACACAUUUUUUCGUCGAUUUUUCAUCUGUGAGAGAGUGAGGGGUUAGAGGAGAGAUUAGAGAAAAGUGCAAAAAAAAUUAUUGGCGAUAUGAAGCAAAUGCGCUCUAUUGAUAAAAAGUGACAGUUUUCGGGAAAAUUUAUUUUUUUUUAGUGGUUUUGUCGCUGUACAGUCUUGCUCCUUUUUUGAAAAUUUUUUCGCCGAUUUCUUAUCUGCCAGAGAGUGAGGGGUUCGAGGAGAGAUCAUAGAAAAGUGCAAAAAAAAUUAUUGGCGAAUUCGAAGCAAAUGCGCUCUAUUGAUGAAAAGUGACAGUUUUCGAAAAAAAUCUAUUUUUUUUUAGUGAUUUUUUCGCUGUACAUUAGCAGUCUUUUUUCACAAUUUUUUUCGUCGAUUUCUCAUCUGCGAGAGAGUGAACGGUUAGAGGAGAGAUUAGAGAAAAGCGCAAAAAAAUUAUUGGCGAAUUCGAAGCAAUUGCGCUCUAUUGAUGAAAAGUGACAGUUUUCGAAAAAAUCUAUUUUUUUUAGUGAUUUUUUCGCUGUACAUUAGCAGUCUUUUUCUUACAAGUUUUUCCGUCGGUUUCUCAUCUGCGAGAGAGUGAGGGGAUAGAGGAGAGAUUAGAGAAAAGUGCAAAAAAAAUUUUUGAGCGCAAUUUAUAACACGAAUUUAUAACAAGAUUAUAAAUCCUUCAAUACGUUUUUGCGGAGUUUUUUGAGAUUUUCCGAAGUCUCGAUUAGUACUCAUAAAUUAUCCAUGGAGCAUAUUAGAACUUGCAAAAAAAGCCUUAGUAUUUUCUGAACCUUUUUAGCAACGUCGAUUUAUUCGAUUGCCUUGCCGACGAUGUUAAAGGCGCACACAAGUUCACGACAUAUGAUCUCGUCGCGAAUAUCGUCCACGAGGGAAAAUACGAGGAUGGAAGCUACCGGGUUCAACUCGUUCAUCAGGUACGAAUUCCACGAGUUCUUCGGUUUCAAACAAUUCAGAGGUCCCUAUAGGGUUUAGAGGGGUAAAAAUGACCAAUAGGGGACAAUAAAGCGGUCCCUAACAUUUACAUUAACAUUUAUUCAGUCCUCAGAGUAAUCUUGUAUCUGCUGAAUCAUGGAAUAUUUGAAGAGAUGUUUGUCGGUUCGCGCAACUGUCGCCCAUCUUUCGCCAAGAACUGCUCUUAGGUCAUCUCGCCAACGGGGUUUGGGUCGUCCAACUCCACGCGUUUUCUCCCAUGGUCGCCAUUCCACGAUUUUCUUCGCCCAUGUGUCUUCUCCCGUAGCGAUCUUCUUUGCGAAAAGCCAUGUGAAGAUAUCGUCGUUCCACACCUAGUGACGAUGUUCAACGAAAGCCUCGCGAAUGAAAGAGCUCCACAAUCUAUGCCGGACUCUGUCGUGCGACUGCUCCACAAGAAAGGAAACUGCCUGGACAUAGGAAACUACCGACCAGUAGCACUAUUGUCCGUCGUGUACAAAUUGUUCACCUCGAUACUUCGAAGAAGAGCCACGCGUGAACUAGAGGCUGCUCAACCCAUCGAGCAAACUGGUUUCCGAUCCGGAUUCUCGACAUCGGAAAACACCCUGGUCGUGACCGAGAUGAUCCAGAAGUCUCAGGAAUACAAGUUCCCCUUGUACCUGAUGUUCGUCGACUACAAGAAAGCCUUCGAUUCUGUGGAGUUCGGCUCUCUCUGGACGGCUCUCAGCGAGUUUGGAGUCCAUUCGAAGAUCGUUAUGACUCUGAAAAACAUCUACGAAGAAGCAGAAGUCUCUGUCAGAAUUCGAGGACAAGAUGUACCAGUUCGAAUACAGAAAGGAGUGCGUCAAGGGGACACAAUUUCCCCAGACUUGUUCAACGCCACCCUCGAGCACAUUUUCGAAGCGGUCCCUACAGGGGUAAAAUUGAGGGUUUUCCUGGUUAGAGCCUGACCCCUGAAGCUUAAGGGGUCCCUAUAGGGGGAGGUAAAGAAGCCCCUAAAGGGAAGCCUACAAGGGGCCCAAAGAUAACUUAAGAACUCUAGAGUGGUCUCUAUAGGGGUUAGGGGAAACAAAAGACCUAUACGGGCCUAAAAAAGUGCUCCCUAUAGGGGUAAAAAUGAGGGUUUUCCUGGUUUAGAGCCUGACCCCUGAAGCCCAAGGAUUCCCUAUAGGGCAUUUCGAUUUUUCGGCUCUGUUUUGGAAGAUAUAUAGACGUAUAUGGAUCAGUAGCAUGCUCCCCUAGAGUGGCCACUUUUCCAAUAUUUAGUGGUCCCUAAAGGGAAGCCUUCAAGGGCCCCUAAGAUAACUUUAGAACGCUAGAGUGGUCCCUAUAGGGGUUAGGGGGUAAAAUGACCUAUAAGGGACAAAAAGUGUUCCCUAUAGGGGUGAAAUAGAGGGUUUUCCUGUAGAGGUUUAGAGCCUCACCCCUGAAGCCCAAGGGUUCCCUAUAAUGAUUUUCAAUUUUUCGGCUCUGUUUUGGAAGAUAUAUAGACGUAUAUGGAUCAGUAGCAUGCUCCCCUAGAGUGGCCACUUUUCCAAUAUUUAGUGGUCCCUAUAGGGGGAGGUAAAGGGAAGCCUACAAGGGUCCCUAAGAUAACUUUAGAACUCUAGAGUGGUCCCUAUAGAGGUUAGGGGAAACCAAAGGCCUAUAAAGGGGAAAAAAGUGGUCCCUAUAGAGGUUUAGAGUCUGACUCUGAGCUCAAGAGGUCCCUAAAGGGGUUUCUAGAUUUCUUGUCCUGCUUUGAAAGGGAAAAAGAUUUAUAGGAACCCUAGAGUGACCACUUUUUCAAAUUCCUCCUCUAGUUACGAUGAACCUGAAGGGAAGCCUACAAGGGCCCCUAUAGAGACCACUCUGGCGUAGUCAAGAAGCAUUUUUUGAUUUUCAGGGCUCCGGAAAAUGGUUCGAAUUGGAAGAUUUGCACGUCAAGGACAUGUUGCCCCAAAUGAUCGUCCUUGCCGAGUCUUAUAUUCAGGUUUUUAUCGAUUUUUCCAUAAUCAAUAGCUUCAUUUUAUCGAUUUUUUCCGUAAUCAAUAGCUUUAUUUUAUCGAUUUUUACAUAAUCAAUAGCUUCAUUUUAUCGAUUUUUCAUAACCAAAAUCUUCUUUUUAUCGAUUUUUUGUGAGACUUCAUUUUAUUGAUUUUUCGUGGCUCAACUUUUGCCAUUUUCCCGUAAUCAAGAGAGUUUGGCGGCAUUAAAAUCUUUAUUUCAUCAAUUUUUUUCGUGGAUUUGAGGUUUUUUUAUCGAUUUUUUUCCGUGGUCAAAAGUCUCAUCAUAUCGAUUUUUCUGUAGAAAAAAGUCUCAUUUUAUCGAUUUUUCGACUAAAAUUUGUAUUUUAUCGAUUUUCUUUUUCUCUUGAAAGCCCCUAAAUCGGUUUUUUUCGUCAUAAAAUUCUCAAUUUUAUCGAUUUUUGACGAUUUUUGGGUGAUAAGAUGUCCGAAUUUUCGAGUGUACAAAAAAAUCUCUUUUUUUAUCGAUUUUUUUGGUAAUUUGAGGUUUUUUUAUCGAUUUUUUUCCGUGAUCAAGAGUCUCAUUCUAUCAAAUUUUCUGUAGAAAAAAAGUCUCAUUUUAUCUAUUUUUUUGGUAAAAAUAAAAAAAGUUUUUCCUUGACUAAAAAUUUUUUUCGUGAUCGACACCUUCAUUUCAUCGAUUCUUCGACUAAAAUUUGUAAUUAUUGAUUUUCUUCUCUCUUGAAAGUCCCUGAAAAAUUGGUUUUGUCGUAAAUUUAUCGAUUUUUGACGAUUUUUGAGUGAUAAGACUGAAUUUUAAGUGUUCAAAAAUCUCUUUUUAUCGAUUUUUCCAUUUGAUUUUUUCAAGGUCUGGCGGCUCAACAAGGAAAAAACGCGCGAAGAACGGGCCCAGGAAGGCGUCGACAUGAUGGAUACUGUUUAA